UUCCCCGUGGGCCGUGUGCACCGCCUGCUCCGCAAGGGCAACUACGCCGAGCGGGUGGGAGCCGGCGCGCCGGUGUACCUGGCGGCGGUGCUGGAGUAUCUGACCGCCGAGAUCCUGGAGCUGGCGGGCAACGCGGCCCGCGACAACAAGAAGACGCGCAUCAUCCCGCGCCACCUGCAGCUGGCCAUCCGCAACGACGAGGAGCUCAACAAGCUGCUGGGUAAAGUCACCAUCGCUCAGGGCGGCGUCCUGCCCAACAUCCAGGCCGUGCUGCUGCCCAAGAAGACCGAGAGUCACCACAAGGCCAAGGGCAAGUUCCCGUGA